AUGGCUCCUGGCCGCUUAUCAUCCGACGCCUCUGUUACUAUUUCUUCAUCCGCCUAUCACCAAGGGUCUGACCCCGGAGCUUGGCCAAGUCCUCCUCCGUCUGCCCCUGUUCCUACAACGUCGACCGCACCUGGCUCUCUUCCUUCUUCCUCUCCUCAUCCGUCUCCGUCGGUCUCCUCCCCCAGACCCGACUCCCUCGUGCGCCGGAAGCCUCUUCCAUCCCAGAAUGCGCCCUCGGUGAUCCCGCAACAUCGCCAAUCCGGGCCCCUCUCCCUCUCCUCCAGUGCAUCGACUCCCGGGGGCGACACGCCGGUAGAUCCCUCACCAGCAAAUCAUCACUCGGAUUCCCCCAGUUCAUACUACUCCUCUCCAGUGCAUGACGCCCCAUCCGCCUCUGUUCCCAGGAACCUGGAUAGAUCCUCCCGUGGUGGCCCCUCAGCGUCUGCGCUUCGGAUAGAUACCGUCGCCGCCUCCUACGCGGGCCUGGAAGACGACGACAGCAGCGACGAAGACACCGAGUACCGCUCCCAGUUCACGAACGGCACCCCGGUACAUAGUCGUCUCGUCAGCGAACCGUUCAUUCCGGUGCUCAGGUCGCCCGCCCCGUUCCAUCAGCGCAACUCGACCAUGGCUCUGCACCCCCCGACUCACCGGCCACCCCCUCUCCGCAUUGAUUCGAACGGAAUUGCAGACCCCAAACAGCCCAAGACCCCCGGAAACAAGAUCAGCUCGUUUUUCGGUUGGCGCGGCGCCGCCUCCUCCCCUGGCGCAGAGUCCUCGAGCACAGAAAUCUCGGAUACUGGCCGUUCUCCAUUGUCCCCCAUGCCUCCCUCCAUACCCAGCGCCUCCUUCUCUAUCACCCCGUCCACGACAAUUCCGUUUGACCCAGUCAAGCGCCAAGGCAGCUUUGGCCUAGGACGGAACCCCUCAUUAAGCAGCUCUGGUGCCCUGGAGGCGGGAGCAUCUGCCCAGGUGGCAGAGCUAGAAAAUGAGCUCCGUGAGAUCAGCUCCGAACUGGCGGGAUCCAUCCGGCGGGAAAUGGAGCUGGAGGACCUCGUCGAGCGGCUGCAGUCCGAGAUGCCCUUGGACAUCCCGAAUCGCCGGACCAGCGAUUAUUUCUCAGACUCGGGCACCAGUUCCAUCCGAUAUACGUACGAUGGACGCUCAGAAGAUUUUGAAAAGUUCCGACGCGCGGCGGAACAAGAAAGAGCCCAAAUCAAGGUCGAACUGACCCAAAAAUGGCAAGAAGAGCGAUCCCGUCGUGCAGCGACGGAAUCACAUGUCCAAAUAUUAGAAUCCCAAGUGCACCAGCUCCGACGCGAAAGAGUGGAAUUGUCGGACCUGUCUUCUAAGAACAAAGAACUGGAGAUCGCGCUAGAUGAUACACGCAGAAAACUAGCAGAGGAGCGGCAGAUCAAAGACAACUUCGAAGACCUUCUGACGGCGAUGAGAGUGGAGUUGGAACAGCUUCGAAACGAUCGCGAUCAUCUGCGGGACGAGGUGAUCCCGCAACUGCAAAGUGGCCGGGGAAUGUCAGACCCAUCAGAGGUCCAACGACUCAUAGAGGAGAUUGAAGCGUUGAAGAUCGAGAACGCUUCGCUCGCUCAGCUACACGGUACCCGGUUUGCUUCUAUUGCCGAAGAGGACGGUUUCUCCAGAAGAAGUUCCGGCCUAUCGCGGUCGAACUCUUUGGCUCGGAUGCCCUCCAAACCCGGCGCUACGUCUCGUUCGGGCUCUCUGUCGCGGUCGAACUCGUUCUCGGUCAAGGAUCGCGAUACUCGUGAGUCCCUGGCGGACCGCAUGGAAGGUGUCGAAGCGCAACGCGAUGCCCUCCACCAGGCUCUCCGGCGCCUUCUCGAACGCCAGGCCUAUGAGGCUCGUGAGUAUGAGAAGCGGAUGAGGCUGAUGGAAUUGGAGCUGGUACGGGCACAGCAUUCGGGAUCCCCGCGGAAGCUGGGAUACGAACGUGAGGUGCAAAAUCUACGAGACGAGGUGAACCAUCUUAGACAGCGCGCCGAAGAGGCUCUGGAGCAGAAAUGGCAGUGCGAAAAGGGUCUCGCCGGACUCAAGAUGGAUCUUGACCGCGCGGAACAGGAGACUGGCUCCCUCCGGGUGUUGCUGCAGGAGCAUGAUAUCAACAUCCCCGAGGCUCUGGCCGCUGAUAAGGAGGGAUUCGCAGAGGUUCUUGCUACCUCUUCCUCCUUGGAAUCGGCCUACCAGCAACUCCAGGCGGCUCGGGAGUCCGCCGAAGCCACUGCCGCCCAGUCUUCACAGGAAGAGCAUCCUCAGCUAGCAGAGACUGUCAGCCGAACGGAAGCCCUCGCCCUCCACGUGCGUAAGCAGCUAGAUGCCAACAAUGCCCUGCGGAGCCGACUGGCCGAGGCCAUCGGCAAGGGUGAAAAGGAACAGCAGGUGUCUGCUAUUCGCAUCAACGAGAUGCAGGCUCGACUCAAAGAGCUUGAAGAUGCCCUUCUAGCGGCCCAGCAACACUCGGAGGAUGAGAUGGCGAGACACGAAGAAGAGAUCCGUCAUCUGCAGGAAAGCCAUAACGAUCAGUUGAUGCGAAUGAAGAAUGGUGGUCGAAGCCCCAUCGCACUCUCUCCCAGGCCCCCUUCGUCGCCUUUUGGCGCCCGGUCUCCCCGCAUCGACAAGACCACCAGCGGAGAUGGAAUUCCGCUGACCCAAGCGAUCCAGUCUGAAACUCUGGAGAAGAAAGUAAAGGAACUCGAGCGGCUUCUCCGGGAGGCCGACCGGGAGAUGGGUGAAGUGGUUAGCCGAAUGAACCGCGCCCAGAUCGAAGUGGCGGAACUUCAGGCAGAUCGGGAUGAGGCGCUGCGUCAAACCCGCCGACUCCAGGCGGAGAUCCAAACCGAACGUGAAACGUUCCACGCCCUGAUGGGCUAA